AUGGUGGGGGAGGUGGAGCCGGAGCAUGUGUUCGGGCUGCGUGGUGAGGUCCACGGGUGUGUGGUGCACCUGGACCCGGACACCGUCGCCUACCCUGCUGGUGCCUUCCUGGUGCUCCACCACACAGCUAGUCACCAACAACACUUCAUCAGCAUCGCUGAGGAGGCUACACCCACCGCUCUCGCUAUUUCCCCUAAAAGACAGUACCUGGGUGUGUGUCGAGCGGGGGAGAACCCGGCCGUCAGUGUAUGGGACGUCGUGGCCCGCAAGCGGCUGCGGUUCCUCAGCUGCGGAGAGAUGACUAGCCAGAAAUACGUAGCGGUCGCCUUCAGCUCGGACGAGCGGAUAGUGGCGGCCCAGGGAGGACCCCCGGACUGGACUCUCGUUCUCUUCGUCUGGGAGAAGGGCAAGGUGUUCUCGGUGCUGCGGCUGAGCGACAUGCCCGGCCUGGGCCCAGUGGCCUCCCUCAGUUAUCACCCAGAGGACAACGGCGUCCUCUCUGUCGUGGGCGAGCGCGUCCUCAAGCUCUUCCGGCUCAACGACAAGCUUCUCAAGACAUGGGGCUACCAGGGUGGACAGAACCACAACUGUCAGUGCCAGGUGUGGGCAGACCAACACACGCUGCUGGUGGGGACGGAGGCGGGGACGGUGCUGGUCCUGGAGGAGGGCGACCUCAGGGCUGAGAUUCACAUCACCGACCCAGAGCUUGGACCGGAGAGCGAGAGACGGUCUCCUGGAGAAGGUGUAGCAGCGCUGGUGGGCCGCAGCCCGGGUCCGCGACACCGGCGGGUAACAGCCCUGGCUGUCUUCACCGGCGGGUUCCUCUGCGCCUGCGGACCCGACAAGAUAUUCGUCUUCCAGAAGAGCGAUGACAUCAAUGAGCACCACUUUCAGAGAUACAUGCUGCGUGUGUGCGAGCCUAGUCCAGCAGCCCUGGUGAGUGGUCGAGGCGAGCACAACAUCACCACACUCUCGCUCUCCCCGGGGGAGAAGACCAUCGUCGCUGCCACCCACACCAACCAGCUCUUCACCAACCCGCUGCCCAGCCUCGAGGCCUCCAAGGUGCCUCUUUCAUGA